UGAGUCUGGCUACGCGAGACUAGAGGACUGAUGGAUGUGGAAAUAUUCUUUAGUAAAAUCUAUACGUCAUUUUCACUCAGUUAAUAUUAAAAUAUGUUUGCUUAUUUCACUUGUUUAUACCAUCGCAGUUUUAAACACGUAAAAAAAUAAUUCGUUUUUGAUUAACUAUCAUUUAAGAAUGAAAGUCUUGAUAAAACGAUUUUAUUAUAUUAUUGCUUCUGUGUAAAUAAGAAUAAAAACCGCAGAAUACAAACACCCAUCAAGCCAGACUAGUUUUGUAAGAUUUGCUUUGCAUCAAAUUGGACAUGACUUUUAUUUUGACAAUGAAAUUCUUGCCAUACGAGUCUCUACGCGUCUGUACACCAAAUUCGUCAGUACACGUUACGCCUAAAAGAGUAUUUAACUGUUAGGCCUACUUUAUCCCGCUGUCUUACUAAGUAUCGUUUUUUAAAUUGAACGCUGAGGUAUUGAAGUAUCAUUUACGCUUUGGAAGACGGACAGUCAAGCCUGUAACUCAAGUUGGAGUUUGACUCCAAUCGUGUGCUGAUUUUUUGGAUUAAAUACAGUCCGGUCAAAGCUCUACUGAUCGUUGUCCAUAUUGCUUACUUUGGUCGAAUUGAAUCGGCGAGAUUUCAGACAGCAGGAUCUAACUGUACCGGACAGAGACAUGUGGAAAUGGGCUUCUCAUGAACUCUUGGGUCUUUAUGUGCAUUUCAAGAUCCGGACCAGGCUAUAAGUGUGAACUUGGGAUUGAAUCUCGAUCAUGGGCUCUCUAAAAGCUUUGCAGGACUGGUGCAGGAACCAGUGUGAAAGUUACAAUGAUGUGAACAUUACAAACAUGUCUUCAUCCUUCAGAGAUGGACUGGCCUUCUGUGCCAUCAUACACAGACACAGACCUGAUCUCAUAGAUUUUGACUCCCUCUCAAAAGAAAAUGUCUUUGAGAACAACCGUCUGGCAUUUGAGGUUGCUGAGAGUGAGUUGGGUAUACCAGCCCUGCUGGAUCCGGAAGACAUGGUGUCCAUGAGAGUACCUGACAGAUUAAGCAUCAUUACCUAUGUAUCUCAGUAUUAUAACUACUUCACCAACAAAUCUCACACUGUCCCCCCAUGCAUAAAGAUCCCUGGUGGUCCUGGCCACAUUAAACCAGCCAUAAAGAGACCAUUUGCUCCACUAGAGGACCGUGACGCUCAGACUGAGUCGGGUGCAGAUAGCCAAUCAAAACGCAGUACUCUGAGCAGCACCUGUUCAGUCUGUGGAAAGCAUGUUCAUUUGGUUCAGAGGAUCCUCAUUGAUGGCAGACUUUAUCAUCGGAACUGCUUCAGAUGUAGGGAAUGCAGCAGAACUUUACUGCCUGGAUCUUACAAGUUCACAGAAGAUCCUGGAUCAUUAGUUUGCACACACCACUUCGCCAGAUCUGUCUCCACCAAUAAGAACGGUCAUUCAGAUAUGAGUAAUCGACUAGUCACAUUAACCUCAACAAGCCCAAAAGAUCCACACAGUAAAAGUUUAGAAUCUAAAGCAUCACACAGCGAUGUUGAGAUCACCCCAGAGAGAGAAGAAAAGGAAAUAACUGAAAUAGAAGCAGUAAGAGAGCAGCCAAAUAGCAGGUCAAAUGUUGAGACAGAGCACAGAGAACCGCGUUCUUCUAGUCCACCAAAUCCUUUUGAUGAAUCUGAAGAGGAGGAUCAAGACACCCAAAAAGAAGACCAAAAGCUAGCUGAUAAUGUGGCAAAUGGCGACAGGCCAACAACCAAAAUGAAGGGUACAGCAGCAGAGAGUCGACCAGUACCAGCGCCUAGACGGGUAUUUGAGCCCAGCCCUGCCCCUCGCCCUGUCCCGAGGCAACGCCCACCCAGACCCUCUAAAAGUCCUACUGUCAGUGAAGCUGCUGACAUUCAAAUUUCUCAAGUUCCUGUGCCAAGAGAAAGAUUGCACUCACCUGUCCGCUCUAGCAAGACGAGUGACACUCCUAAACCAAAAGACCCACCCUGGAUGGCACUGGUGCAAUCAGAAACAAAGAAGAAACCAGCACCUCGCCCACCCACAGGUAUAGCCCCUCCCUGCACUGGUUCGUCUCCUUCCCUAAAAGAGGAGGGAUCAAGACCAUCCACUCCUCCAAAUCCCUUUGAAGAUGAGAAGGAAGAGGAGCCAGAAACAGGUCUUGAAGAUCCCCCUGGUCCUGUAGUGGCUAGUCAUCCCUGGUAUGGCAUCACUCAGGCUUCUGAAGUCGCAGGUGGGAACACAAGAAGACAAAGUCCUGCCCCUUCAGAAAGUCCUGUAAGUGUCAGAAGAAAGAAGAGACCAGCACCCAAAGCUCCAAAUUCUUCUACAUCAGCUUUUCCUUCAUCUCAGACUUCCUCUCCUGCUUCUUCUCUAGGUCUGAGCACAGAGAGCCUUUCCUCCUCUUCCUCAGACUACAGUGCAGUCCCACAGCAACCUGCUGCUAACGAACAGGACCAUUUGUUCACCAAGAGUGUGUCUGAACCAUCAAUCAACACUCCUACUUCUGCCCUGUCCCCAACAACUGAGCUUCAGCCUCGCUGUUCUCCAAACCUGUCUCCUCCACCACCACCUACCAAUACCAGCUCAGCACCCGCCACCCCACAAACCAAUCGCUGCAUGAGAACACCUCCAUCCUGCCUCUCUGCAGGACUAAAACUUUCACCCUCUUCACAGACACCCAGCACUCCAGGCAAGCGCACUUGUAAAGAGAAUCCAUUUAAUCGGAAGACGACCACCUCUGUCAGCUCUUUUGUACCCAGACCCCCGAGAGGGCCCCGUCCUGCACGACCUCCUGCUCCUGGACAUGGAUUUCCUCUUAUUAAACGCAAAGUUCAGUCAGACCAGUAUAUCCCAGUAGAAGACAUCCAUGUUGAGAUGAGUGAUCUGGAGAAACGGUUGGAUGAACUGGAGCAGAGAGGGGUAGAUCUGGAGAAGAGCUUACGAGAAUGUUCAAAUGAUGAUGAGGAGGAACAUCUACUUGUUGACUGGUUCACUCUGAUUCAUGAGAAGCACUUACUGGUACGGAGAGAGGCUGAGCUGGUCUACACAGCUAAGCAGCAGAACCUGGAAGAGAGGCAGGCCGAUGUGGAAUAUGAGCUUAGAUGCUUACUUAACAAGCCAGAGAAAGAAUGGACGGAAGAAGACAAAGACAGGGAAAAGCAAUUGAUGGCAGAACUUGUCACUAUAAUUGAGCAGAGGAACCAGAUUAUUAACAACAUAGAUAUGGACAGACAGAGGGAAGAGGAGGAAGACAAACUAGUAGCUGCUAUGCUAAAGAAAAAAGAGUUUCAUGGACAGGGUGAGCAGAAGAAGAAAGCAGGGAAAUUUAAGCCCAUGAAGGUUUUGAAACGACUAAGCACCAAGAAUGAAGGAGUAAAGGACAACAGUCCCCGAAAAGAGAACAGUUGAAGAAUGGACUGACUGACUGACUGACUGACUGAGAGAGUAUCUAAAAGAUUUAUUAAAUGUAAAAGAUUUACUUAUGUCUAAUUAAUGUUAAAUUUAUGUUAAUGUUAAAUUUGCCUUUGGUAGUAGCAGCUGCGUAUAUAAGAGCAAAAACGUUUUUGACUUAAAAAAAAAAAAAAAAAAUCUCCUGAAAGGCUCAGCCACUAUAUAAUCUUAUUAUAUUAUCUGUACAAUUUGUAGUAACAGAAAACUUAUACUGAAUGUGAUUGAGAAAAUAUUGAGAGUCCAAAAUAACCCUGGGAAAAUUUCACACAUACCUUUCUUUUAAACUCAUUGUAACAGUCAGAGAAAACUCAACAGUUUUUAAUCCUAAUUUAAUCUGGUUCUCUGAGUUUUUAUAUAUUUCUAAUUUGCAUAGAGGCACUGCUACUUGUAUUUAUGUCCACAAUGAAGAGUGAAAAAAAAAAAAAAACUAUUUGUAGUUGUGAAAAUUUUCAGGCCCAAUCCAGCCCUUUCAUCAAUAAUUAUAUAAGUGUUGCUGAGUUGAAAGCAGAAAUUAAUUACUAAUCUUUCAGUUUAUAAUAGUGCUGGGGAAAAUUAUAUUAUGAUUUUGUGAUCAGUGCUUAAACAUCAAAUUACAUGAAUUAAAUCCGGAUGUUGGAACAAAACAUAUAUUCCCUUUUAAUAAUCGCUGGGAUCAAGUUGUUUAUACAAGAUGCCGGAUAGGACACUCAAGACUAACACAUUAAUUUUUACUUUUAGUAGAAAAUUAUCCAAAGUGUCCAUCUUGCCUGAAUCCACUGUCCAUUAAACAUAUUUUACUGGACUGUAACACUUCUACCCUUUUAAGAAUUUUUUUUUUUAUUCUGUUGAUUCUUUUGAAGUAAAUCCAAAUUUAGUUCUAAGGUUUUUAGAAAAAAUGAAUCUUAAACAAUUUUAUUUUAUUUUAUUUUUUUUUUAUACUAAACCUCUCUCGCCAUGAAUAUAGCCAUAGAAGAUGGCAUGGCGCUAAGAAAAGAAAAGAAAAAAGAUUUUGUGAGUAACUGGGAUUCAGAAUGGCGAUUAUAGAUGCAUAUCAGAUUUUUAUCUGCCUGGGUCGGGUUGCACCAGCUGUGCUUAAAAAAAAAAAAACACAAACCUAGUUGUAAAUAGGCACUAUUUGCGUGGUAUUAAAUAUUUGAGCAUUGCAACAUUAAAUGUAACUGUACAUUUGUUUUUAAUCUUUAUUACACUAAAAUUUACGAAAGCCUCCAACCAGGAGUAACGAUUGGAACAAAAUAGCAGAUUGAUUGAAUUGCAUCAAUAAGCUCAUGCUUUAUCUGACUGAAUUCAAUCCUUUAGACAUAUGAUUGUUGAUGUUUACAUUUGUUUACACUUAAAAAAAAAAAAAAAAAAUUACUUGGGAGUUCUCCAACAUGAACCUGAUCUAAACAGCGCACCUCUGUGUGUAUCACUCUUAUGUGCCAAAAUAAAUGUCUUGUUUUUUUUCAUUAGCAUUUAUUUAUCACUUAUUAUUAAUUUGUUAUUUGUAUUUACAAAUUUUUAUUUUGUUAUUUAUAAUAUUAUUUACAUUAAAAAAAAAAAAACCUAUUAUAUUAUUUUGUGAUUAAACAUCGUAUUUCAAUGGAAACAAUUUUACCAUUAGUUACUUGGGACAAAAGAAGUUAGACUCCACUUAAAGAUGAUAAACUGAAAUGCACUAUUGGAACAUUGAAGGUAAUUUUCAUAUUGUGUGACUAUGCAUUACUUUACGACUAGCUUACAACUUACUGUCUCCUGCUUUCAGAACAAAAUUACAAAAAGUACAGGGUUAGUUACAAACUAACUAGUAGUUACUAAGCCUCUAGUGUGGAAUUUAUGUUCCAAUUUCAAUAAGAACUUACAAAGGGCUGGUGCAACCCUACCCCCGGACAACAUUUUUAUAUACACAUUAAUUUUAGUAGUAUGAUUAAUACUGAUUCAUAGAUUAGCUGGCUAAAAAAAGUAUUUUGUGGGUCAGCCUUUAGAUUUGAUUACAGUCUACAUUCAUCAUGGCAUUGUUUCGACAACCUUAUGCAACAUCACAACAUUUAUUUUCAUUAAGAAAUGCAUUAAUUUUUGGCUGAGAUUGUGUAUUGACAGUCAGAACACUGUACACCCUCUACUCCAGCACAUCCCAAAGACUUUCAAUGAGGUUAAGGUCAGGACUCUGUGGUGGCCACUUCAUUUGUGAAAAUGAUUCCUCAUGCUCCCUGAACCACUCUUUCACAGUUUGAGCCCAAUAAUUAUUGCCAUUGUCAUCCUGGAAUAUGGACAUGGGAUACAUCUUCCGACAUGGUUGUUUAAGAAAUGAAAAGCUACACCGCAUCAGUUAGACUUGAAAUAUAUUGAUCACUGCAAUAAUGAUCUAAUCCUAGAUGUUUUUGGUCAGAUUAAUUUAACAGAUUAAUAUGGAAAUAAUUAACGUUGCAGUGAUUGAUAAAGGACAUUGUUAUAACACUAAAUUUUAAUGGUAUUUACUGACAGAAUACUAGUUCUUAGCAGAAAUUCAGAAACAUGUUUUGAAUUUCAGUGCAAAUUUCAGGUCAACGUACUAUACCUACCUAAAGUGUAAGAAAUCAUUAAACUUGUACCUAAUGACCCUCUGAAAUGUCAUUAAGCUUGUUACAUAGUGAUCAGACCGCUGAGCACCCAGAAGCAUUGAUGACAGAAAAAUGUUAAAAUGAGAGAUAACAUUAAAAUGAGUCUAAACCCUUUUAAUAAAAGAAAAAAAGACUGUAACUCACAUAAACGGUAACUGUAGGCACGUUUUUGAUGUUAUACAAUAAUAGAUGUUCCUCACCCUUUAAAGACUCUGACAUGAAGAGAUUAUGCAAUAUUAAGUUUUAGUUAAUUUUACAUAUUUUACUGUAGAAUGUCGCAUGUUGUGUGUUGGGCCUUAAUCUCUGUAAACCCAAGUAGGAGUGUAUUUCUGAAGGAGUGCCUUUAAUCUGUUUAAUUUAUGUAUAUGUCCUCUCAUUGGUUGUUGAGUGUCUUUGAAUAUUUUGUUGACAUUUUAGUUUGUGUGUCAUCUGCAAGUAUUUGAGUGUUUGUGUAUUUAUCAGAUUUCAGUAUUGUUUGUUUGUUUGUUUAGAGUGUGCAUGUACCUGAUCAACUCCAAGGGCUUUUUGUUGUCUCUAAAACAGUCAGUGCUUUGAGGAUGUUGGACAUCAAAAAUAAAAUGACUUCAUGAAACAAAAA